AUGAGUCACAAUUACAAGAUACCUCCAGUCUUUAAUGACAAGAAGCCAUAUAAUCGCUAUGUUGAUGAAUUGAAAGCAUGGACAUUAUUAAUAGAUUUAGAGAAGCAGAAGCAAGGCAUCGCAGUGGCCUUAUCUUUACCAAAAGAAGAUUCAACACAAGUAAGAGAUAAAGUGUUCAGUGAGAUUAGUAUUGCUGAUUUGAAUAAAGAAGAUGGAAUAGACACUUUGAUAGCGUUUAUGGACAACUUGUUUAAGAAAGAUGAAUUAACUGAUAUGUAUAAACAUUACACAAACUUUGAUCGUUAUAAAAGAAAAAGUGAUGAAACUAUGGAGUCGUAUAUAAUAGAAUUUGAAAAGUUGUGCAAUAAAACAAAGAAAUUUGAUAUGGCAUUACCAGAAAGUGUUUUAGCAUUCAAAUUACUUGAUGGAGCUUGUUUAAAACAUUCGGACAGAAAGCUUGUACUUACUGGUGUAAACUAUGAAGAAGUAAAUACUAUGUUUAAACAAAUGAAAAGUGCAUUAAAAAAGUUUUUCGGAGAACAAUCAUUACCUACUAAUAGCAAUGAAAGCAUAAAAGUUGAACCAUCUAUUACUAAAACUGAACCUGUAUUUAUUACUGGAACUCAUGGAAAUUUAGUUAGACCUCGAAAUGAACGUUUCAGAUAUGGUAACAGAAAUAAUUAUGAACGAAACAAUCAACGACCAUUACGUAAAAGAAAUAAUCCACUUGAUGAAAAGGGUGAACCACUUAGAUGUCACAUUUGUCAGUCAGUUAUGCACUUUGCACGGUUUUGUCCUCAUGGGAAUAAAACCUUUGACAAGCCAGUGUUCCAAGCAAGCGAUGAAAAUGAUAUGGUGGAAAAAGCAGUUCUUUUUACGGGCGCAGUAAUUGAAGAUAAAAGUGUUUUAUUGUCAGAAGCUCUUAACUGUGUUGUACUAGAUAGUGCUUGUUCAGCAACUGUUACUGGAGAAGAUUGGCUUAAGUGUUAUUUGGAUUCACUAACAACAGAGCAAAAGUGUAAAAUACAACGAUCUCCCAGUGACACUGUUUUUCGAUUCGGUGGUGGGGAAAGAUUAAAAUCCAAUGGCAAAGUUAAAAUACCAUGUAAUAUGGCUGGGAAGGAAUGUGAAAUUGUGACAGACAUAGUUGAAUGUGAUAUACCUCUUCUUCUUAGUAAAACAGCUAUGAAGAAAGCGGACAUGAAAUUAGAUCUGGUAAACGACACUGCUGAAAUAUUUGGUACAUUAGUUGAUUUGCAGAAUACAACAUCAGGCCAUUAUUGCGUACCCUUGAAAGAGGAUGAAGUCUGUUUAUCCAACUCAAUAUUGAUAAAUGAGUCGUUUAAAGAAAAAGAAAAGAAAGUUGUAAAAUUGCACAAGCAAUUUGGACAUCCCACUGCAAAACGGUUAGCAAGUUUGUUGGUUGAUGCAAAACUAUAUGAUGAAGACUGUAAGAGAAUCCUGGAUCAAAUUGAACAGGACUGUGAAACAUGGAAGAAGUUUAAACGGACACAACCUAGACCAGUGGUCUCACUGCCAUUAGCUACUGAUUUCAAUCAGUGUGUUGUAAUGGAUCUUAAAGAAUGGGUAAAAAGUAAAAUAUGGUUAUUUUACCUCAUUGAUACAGCUACUCGAUUCACUUUAGCUACAGUAAUUCGAAGCAAAUUACCUUCUGUUAUUAUUGACAAAACCAUGCAGUUGUGGAUUGGCAAUGGAUUUGGUGUUCCUGGACGCUUAUUAGCAGACAAUGGAGGAGAAUUUGCUAAUGAAGAGUACCGGGAUAUGUGUGAUAACCUAAAUAUUGAAGUUUUAAACACAGCAGCUUGUAGUCCAUGGCAAAAUGGAUUGUGUGAAAGGAACCAUGCAAUUGUAGAUGAUUGUUUGAGAAAGAUUCUUGAUGAAAACCCAAAAUUAUCGUUGGAAGUUGGUUUGGUCUGGGCACUUAAUGCCAAGAAUUCCUUGCAUAUGAAUUCUGGUUAUAGUUCCUGUCAAUUAGUUUUCGGACGGAAUCCGAAUUUGCCAUCAGUGUUAAAUGCAAAUCCACCAGCUUUAGAGGGUGUAACCGUAUCAUUUAUUGAAGCUGAAGCUUCAGAAAGAGUUAGAAGAGCUUUGCGUCAUCAGAGUACUAACACACAGUAUUACACUGGAGAGAAAGUCUACUAUAAACGUGAUGAUUCACCAAAGUGGAGGGGUCCUGCUAAAGUUAUUGGUCAAGACGGCAAGAACAAACUUGACAAUACAGAUCUUAAAGAGAAUAAAGAUGUAGGUGAUCAUCAAUCAGAAGUAGUGAUUGAUUUAGAGGUUGAAGAGUCAAAUGCUACACCUGUGCAACAAGAACAACGUAACAGAAGUGAACAUGAGGAAAAUGUUUCAGAUGUACCAGAAGCAGAAAUGAAUUUGGAAGGAGAACAACAGGUGUCUGUUCGAAAAGAGCAUGAUUUUCCCAAAGUUAACGACCAUGUUGAAGUGAAAAUGAAAGAUGUACCAGAAUGGUUUUCAGCAAAAGUGAUAAGUAGAGGUGGAAAAGCUACAGGGAAGUACAGUAGUUGGUACAACAUAAGGAAAGAAGGUACAAAUGAUGAAAUGUGCCUAGAUUUUAAGGAUGUUGAAGAAUGGAAAAAAGUUGAAAGUGUCAAUGUAGUUAUUCUUCCAGAACACGUACAUGAUACUGUAGAGGCAGUUAAAGCAAAACAGAAGGAAUUAGACAACUGGAAAUUGUUUGAUGUUGUUCGACAGGUUCCGGAUGAUAAACAAAUUGUUAAGGCACGUCUUGUUGUUAGAGGAUUUGAGGAAGAGCACAAACUGCAACGUGACUCACCAACCGCAGCUAAAGACACUCUUCGUAUGUUUUUUGGAAUAGCAGCCUGCAAGAAUUGGAAUUGUGUGGCAUUAGAUGUAAAGUCUGCAUUUCUGCAAGGUCACACUAUUGAUCGUGAUGUUUAUGUUACACCACCCAAAGAAGCAAAUGUUCCAGAUGGAUUCACAUGGAAGCUUGUUAAAGUCAUUUAUGGCUUAAACGAUGCUCCAAGAAAUUGGUAUUUCAGUGUACGUCAGACCUUAUUAAAGCUGAAGGCAGAGCAGUCCACAGUAGAUAAAGCACUUUUCUACUGGAAAGAUACAGAUAACAAUCUGUGUGGCAUCUUUAUAAUGCAUGUAGAUGAUUUUGUACUUGCAGGAAAUAAAAUUUUUGAAGCAUCUAUUAUGUCACAGUUGAUUAAGACCUAUAAGGUUGGUAAGAUAGAAGAGACCAACUUUAAAUACAUUGGGAUAAACAUUUCUCAAGAUGGUGGAAAUAUAACUAUGGAUCAAAAGCAGUAUGUUGAAUGCAUUCAGGAAAUACAGAUUUCAAACAAACGAUCCACUAGAAAGCGUGAUGAACUCAAUGAUGACGUAUUACAUGAACUUAGAUCUGCAAUAGGACAAUUGAACUGGAUAGCUACUCAAACUCGCCCAGAUUUGGCUUUCGAUGUGCUGGAAUUAAAUGUUUCCAUUAAAAACGGAAGAGUAGAGCAUCUUUUGGUGGCUAACAAGGUUAUAAAGAAAAUGAAAGCCACUAACAAUGUGUGCUUAAUCUUUCCAAAUAUGCCAAAGUAUGAAUUGUGGAAGUUGGUAGUCUUUUCAGAUGCGUCAUAUGCAAACUUACCAGAUGGCGUCUCCAGUGCUGGCGGUAGUAUAGUGAUUGUCGUUGCGGAGGAUGGGAAAUGUUUCCCAAUUUCUUGGUGUUCAAAGAAGAUCAAGAGGGUUGUUAAGAGUACCAUUGCUGCUGAAGCCUUAUCCUUAGUUAAUGGUAUUGAUAAUGCAUACUACAUAGGCUGUUUAAUGUCACAGAUUUUGUUUUCACAGAGAACAAAUGAGAAUUGUAUUCCCAUAACAGCUUAUAUUGAUAAUAAAUCUUUGUAUGAAAAUAUUCAUGCUACUACUCUGGUGUCAGAAAAACGUCUUAGAAUCGAUAUAGCAGCUAUUCAACAAAUGGUCAAUGAAGGAAAAGUUUCUGUUCGAUGGGUACCUGCAUCAUUACAAUUGUCAGAUGGAAUGACCAAGCGAGGAGCAUCCUUGCAGCGGUUGAUGAAUGUUUUAACGAAUGGGAAGAUUACGUUUGAUUGA